GGCGGGAGCAUGGCCGAGUCGCUGCGGGAGGAGCCGCCGGGCGGGCCGGAGUCGGAGGCCGAGCUGUCGCAGCGGCUGGCUCACACCAAGGCCCGCUCGUACGGCAGCACGGCGAGCGUGGCGGCGCCACUGGCCGAGCGCUAUGUGGAGCACCGGCUCAGCGCCGGGGACACGCUGCAGGGCAUCGCCCUCAAGUACGGCGUCACGAUGGAACAAAUAAAGAGGGCAAAUAAACUGUUUACUAAUGACUGUAUAUUUCUGAGGAAAACCCUGAAUAUUCCUGUUAUAUCAGAGAAACCAUUACUGUUCAAUGGACUUAAUUCACUGGAGUCUCCUGAGAAUGAAACUGUUGACAGCUCCCCUUCUUGUGAUGAAGGACUAGUGACAGUUCAGGAAGAAAGUAGUUCUUCUCCCAGUCCUCAAGAGCCUGACAAUCAGCCCACUGCACCAGAAGAACUGUCUGCCAAAGAUUUCCUACAGAGGUUGGACUUGCAGAUUAAGUUAUCCAAACAAGCAGCCAGAAAACUAAAAGAUGACAAUGUCAGGUAA